CUCAGAUGAAAAGACAUUAUGUGAUUGCUCUGUUUCAGAGUAUAAACAGAUAAUCCAGCCAAUAUUUGCCUCCAUGUCAUCUGAUUAUGAAGGAAUGAUGUCCGGCCCUGCUGUUAAUGACGAGUUUGUUGAUAGUGUUAUGUUUACUCUUCGUACUACCCUCGAUGUUGUCGCUCCCCCCAAAUUAAAGUUUGUCAAGCCGAGACGAGCGUCUCCCUGGUACAAUGCUGAAACACGCUCUCUUAAACAAUCGGCACGUAAAUUAGAAAGACUUUGGCACCCUUCCAACACAGAGCACACUCUCUCUGCCUGGAAACACAGUUUAGUGACCUAUAAACAAGCCUUGCGUACGACUAAAACCAGAUAUUACUCAUCCUUAAUAGAGGAAAACAUAAAUAAUCCUAGGUUUCUGUUCAGCACUGUAGCAAGGCUGACAAACAGUCACAGCUUAAUAGAACCUUAUAUACCAAUCACCCUUAGCUGUGAUGACUUCCUAAAAAUUUUUAACAAUAAAAUCGCAACUAUUAGUAAUAAAAUAAAUGAAUUACUUCCAACUAUUAGGUCUGAUAAAGUGCAGACUAAAAAUUCUGAAUCUCCUAUAAACCCCUCUAAAAUAUUAAAUAACUUUACCACUGUAGACCAAAUUGAUGUAAUUUCAAUUAUAAUGUCCUCCAAACCAUCAACGUGCCUCCUAGACCCGAUCCCAACCAAACUUUUUAAAGAUACCCUGCCGUUAACUAUUGAUAUUAUCUUAAAUAUAAUAAAUACCUCAUUAGUUACUGGCCACGUGCCGCAGUCCUUUAAAUAUGCAGUUAGUAAACCGAUUUUGAAAAAACCUUCUUUUGAUCCUGAUAUUUUGGCCAAUUAUAGACCUAUCUCUAAUUUACCAUUUCUCUCCAAAGUCCUUGAAAGAGUGGUAAUUAAACAGCUCUGUCAGCACCUACAGGACAAUAGUUUAUUUGAACAUUUCCAGUCUGGCUUUCGAGCUCAUCAUAGCACUGAAACUGCAUUAGUCAAAGUAACUAAUGACUUGUUACUAGCCGCUGACGUUGGAUUAGUCUCGAUCCUGGUUCUGUUGGACCUGAGUGCAGCCUUUGACACAAUCGACCAUAAUAUCUUAUUGCAGAGAUUAGAAUGUGACAUAGGCAUUAGAGGAGCAGCCCUCUGCUGGUUUAAAUCAUAUUUAUCUAAUAGGUACCAGUUUGUCAAUGUAAACCAGCCAUCAUCACCAUACUCUAGAGUUAGUUAUGGUGUGCCGCAAGGAUCGGUCCUCGGGCCCAUCUUGUUUACGCUGUAUAUGCUUCCUCUUGGUAAUAUCAUCAGAAAACAUAGCAUUAACUUUCAUUGUUACGCUGACGACACACAACUGUAUUUAUCAAUUAAACCUGAGCAGAUCAGGCAACUGGACAAACUAAGCACCUGCGUCCGAGAUAUAAAUACCUGGAUGAGCACUAACUAUCUUCUGCUUAAUCCUGAAAAGACAGAAGUCCUUAUAAUAGGCCCGAAAAGUGUGAGAGACUCUUUAGCUGCCCAGAUAGUCACUCUGGACAAUGUAAGUGUAGCCUCCAGCACCACAGUUAAAAACCUAGGAGUUUUAUUCGACCCUGACUUGUUGUUUAAAGCUCACAUUAAACAAACCUGCAGAACGGCCUUCUUUCACCUGCGCAACAUAGCCAAAAUUAGAAAUAUUUUAUCUAAAAGCGAUGCAGAAAAAUUAAUUCACGCGUUCGUUACAUCGAGAUUGGAUUACUGUAACUCCCUACUUGCAGCUUGUCCUAAAAGUUCUCUAAAAGGUCUUCAGCUUGUCCAAAACGCAGCAGCAAGACUUUUAACAGGAACCAAUAGAAGAGAGCACAUCACCCCUGUGCUCCAGGCCCUUCACUGGCUUCCAGUCGAGUUUAAAAUUAAAUUUAAAAUCCUUCUUCUUACAUUUAAGACCAUUAACGGGUUGGGGCCAUCUUAUCUCACAAAUGCUCUGGUUCCAUACCGCCCCAACAGAACACUCCACUCUCAGAAUGCAGGUCUACUAGUAGUUCCCAGGGUUUCUAAAAGUACUGUCGGAGCUAGAGCCUUUAGCCACCAAGCCCCUGUUUUAUGGAAUCAGCUUCCAGCUAGUAUUAAAGAAGCCGAGACAGUCUGCACAUUUAAGAUUAGAUGGAAAACGUUCCUAUUCAACAAUUUCGACCUUCAACACCAUCCAGCCAUACAGCCUACGCCCCAAACUCCAACAACUGGGAAUAAAAUUGCCCUCCCCACCCUGUGCAACUGGAUCGUGGACUUUCUCACAAACCACACACAGAGUUUCAGAUUCGCGGACGACACCACUGUUCUUGGACUUAUCUCCAACAACGAUGAGACGGAAUACAGGAAAGAGGUGCAAAAUCUGGCGUCAUGGUGUAACAGCGAUAACCUGGUUAUAAACAUUGAAAAGACCAAAGAAAUCAUUGUGAACUUCCUUAAAUGCAAGCCAAAACACCACAGCCCUCUCACCAUUGGCUCCGAGGUGGUGGAGAUGGUCAGCAGUUUUAAGUUCCUGGGGGUGACCAUGGCUGAGGACCUAUCCUGGAACUAUCACAUUGCCUCAGUAGUUGGUAAGGCCCAACAGCGCCUCUUCUACCUGAGGAAGCUGAGCAGCCACAACAUCAACAGAGCGCUGCUGGUGAACUUUUACAGCUGUGCUAUCAGCUAUUUACUACAACUACCUAACUGCUGUAGCUGCAAGCCUGUUGCAAAUCAGUACAUGUAG